GGAGGUAGGUGGUCCAGGGUGCCCAGUGCAUGGGCUGGGGCAGAGGGGGACAAGACCAGACCUUCCCAGCCCUGCAGUACCCAGAGGUGCUGAGGGGCGCCGGGGGCCUGUGGGAGCUGCAGCCACACAUGUGAACCCAUGGUGUACCCCCAGGAGCAGGUGGUGGUGGACUUUGAGCGACUGAGUGACCACGCCGCUGCCUUCCAGGGCCACGAUGUCGGCUUCUGCUGCCUGGGCACCACACGGGCCAAGGCCGGCGUGGCCGGCUUCAUCCGUGUGGACCGGGACUACGUUGCGCAGGCAGCAGAGCUGGCACGAGCCGGGGGGUGCAAACACUUCAUCCUUCAGUCCUCCCAGGGCGCAAACGAGCACAGCCCUUUCCUCUACCUCAGGGUGAAGGGAGAAGUGGAGAACCUCGUCCAGGCUGUCGGUUUUGAUCGCUGUACCAUUCUCCGGCCAGCGGUGCUGCUGUGCGCACGCCAGGAGUCCCGCCCUGCUGAGUGGAUUGCCCAGCAGUUUCUCAGUCUUGUGGCACGGGUGUUCCCCACUGCUUACUCGGUUCCUGUGGAGACAGUGGCAAGGGCAAUGGUGGCCAGCGUGCUGAAGCCGGGCGGGGGGAAGGUGGAGGUGCUGGAGAACAAGGCCAUCCAUGAGCUGGGAAAGGCAGUGCCACAACAGGGCACAGAGUAAAAGGGAAGGGCAGGAGAACAUGUGAUUGACCUUUCAGGUGUGCCUCUGGACUGAGGAUGGAUGCAGGCAUGGGAUGGUAGUGGGGUGUUGCAUGGCUAAUGUGAAAGUAGAGAUGCAUUUCUUUGCAUGGCAGCUAAUUCUCUUGAGUGAUCUAAAAAUGCAGGUGCUGGCUGGUGGGUGAGGAGAAGCAAUGUGUGUUGUGUGUAUCCUGGAUCUGGCAUGUGAAUCCAGGUAAAAAUUGGGUAUAAUCUAGGCAAUUUCUUCAAAUCAGCCCUCAAAUAAAAUCCUAUGACUGGUC